UGAACGGUGAGCGCGGCGUUUUCUACCCGCUCUUCUUCUCUUCUUGUAAAUUCGCAUCUUUCGUCAUAUCGAUAAGAUAAAUGUGUGUGCCCGCGGUGUUACUUCUUUUUAUUUUUUAUUACAAGAAGAUUAACCGACGAACUUUCGAUUUCUAAAUUUUACGAUUUACUUUGGCCCUUCUAUUUUUCAUUUUUCUAUUCUUUCUCUUUUUUUCAAGGAAGAUUUAAACUAAGAGGAUCGUUGGAUGUUAACGAUCCUAUUUGGUGAAUCAAAAGUAAUGAGAGUACCUGAAAGAUAAUAUUCUAACUUAUAAAGCAACGAUCGUCUUGCGAAUUUAGCAAUAAUAAUUAAUUAAACUAAUUUACGCGCGCACACGUCAAAAUUAAAGAAAAAGAAAAGAAAAUGAGGACUUUAAAGUUGAUACUCAUUAUACUCUUUGUCAUCAAUUUAAUUUUGUCUGUUACACUUUUACAUUAUAAGGCAAAGUUUUCUAAUUCAAGAAGGAUUUAUAAUGAAAUGACGGCAGCCACUGUCCAAUCUUUUCAAAAUUCAAAUGCGUUAAUCUCGUUAAGCAUACCGAAAACCGAGCGAAGAGAUGACGACGAUGUAUCCCAAACAAGGCGCACGAAGAAUCAGAAACAACAUUGCAAAAAUGAUUCCACGUAUCUUGACUCGUUGCCAAAGCAUAACAAUUGCUACAACGAGGAAUUAAGUUUAGGAACCCAUAACAAUGCUUCAGAUGAGCAAGAUGAUUAUUUUUCUAUCAAAUUAGAAGAAAGCUUACAUUUCUAUAAGAGAUCAAUUAAGAUUAAUUACACUAACAUUGAGAGUAUUUACAAUGAAGAUAAUUACUUCGAGAGAAAUAAUAAUAAUAAUAGUAGUAUAAUUAAUGAAUACGCUUACGAUAGAAAUUUGUAUCCCAAUGAAGAAAUUUCGAGUACAUUUACCAAUAUAUUGACGAAAAUAUUUCAAAGUUUGACUAACACAUCGCUCGAGGAGAGUGAAUCCAUGAUAAAUGGUAUGCUUAUUAUACGAGAACACCAGUACACCCGUACACCAGUAGAUCCGUGCGAUAAAUGGUUAAUUAACGAAGACAGACUGAAAGCUGCAUUUAUGGAACAUCUCACCGUACUUCCCAGCUGCCCCUGCAUAUAUCCGAAUUUCAUUUUUUAUGACAAUCAGAUCUGGGAUGAAAAGCAAAACAGACAUUACCGUUGGCGAGACGUGAGCACCCCAAUCUACCGAUUGGAUGUUUACAAACCUGGAGCAUCCUAUUGUGUGCGCACUUUGUUGGGUAUGGGAGCUCUAACUGUUUCGGCUCAACAUUGUUGCUACGAUAAGAAAAGAAAACUGAUAACGCGCGGUUCCGGUGCAGGAAUACCAUAUUAUGUUAGUCCAGAAGUAUCUAUGAUUCUUCAUGAGAAAAUAGACAUUUUACCUUGGCGACUUUGUAAAGGAGACUUUUCUAGAUUUAACGAAGUGAGGACACCUAACAACGAUAAAGGUUGUCGUGUAAAUCCAAAAAAAAAGGAGUAUCAACGACAACUGAACUCUACCAAAGAUUUUUGAAGGUCUUUAAUUUUCAUGCAUGAAGAUGAGACGAAGCGGAAGUGUUAAAUAAAUAAUAUUUUUUUUUUAUUUUUAAUAUUUUUA